AAUUUACAAAAAAAAAAAAUAAAAAUAAAAAAAUUCGAAAAUAAAUCUAUUUUUAUCCGCUAAAUUAUCGACCUCGCGAACCGCUGUCUUCUGUUUUUUUUUUUAAUUCUAUUUAGUUUUCCUUUACCGUUAAAGUUUUUUUUUUUUGUGUCUUAUUUGUUUUGCUCUCGUUUUGUUUUUUUAUUACAAAAAAAAAAAAAUUUUUUUUGUUGUUCUUGUUAUUUACACUAUUUAAUUUAUUAAAAUAAAAAACCUUCUUGUUAUUAUAAUUGUUAUUGUUGUUUGCUGUUGUUAUAUUUCAUCGUUAAUUCUUGUAACACUGGUACCACUUUAUCAUUAUGCAUUUUACUGUUCCGUCGUAAAUUGUCAUUAUAUUUGAAUAUAUAAAACAAACACAAAAACUAAAAACAAAACCAAAAACAAAAAUAAGAAAAAAAAAGAAACAUUAAAUCGGCACUCGACAGUGACAGUGUAUUCUAAAUUUGUGUAGAGUGUUCCUUUUCAAUAAUUUUUUUUAAAUAUUUUUACACGCUCACUUCUCACACAUAAUUUUCUCUCUAUAUAUUUGUGUUUAGUUCUUGAUUUUUUUUUUUUUGAAUGUAUGUACAUAUUUAUUGUGUCUCUCUUACAUCCAAAAUCACAACAAGAUAAGAAAAAUAAUAACAAACUUAUUUAUGUGAUCAUAAAAUAAAAAAAUUGAAAAAAAAAACAUAAUAAUGAUCUACAUUUACAUAUAAGAAUUGCAUUGUUUCGAAAUUAAGAAAUACGCACACACACAAGAAUACUUUAUAGAAAGAAAAUAGAAAAACAUGUAAAAUAAAAAAAAAAAAUUAUUAAUAAAUCAUUCGAAAAACAGUUUUUCAAAAAUUUCGAACAAAAAAAAGGAACAAAACAAAAUAACAGAAAAGUGAGGAAAAAAGAGACAUAACUAAAAAAAAAAAAAAGAGAAAAACAAAAAUUAAAGAGAGAAAAGAAAAACUAAGGAAAAUCAACUCAUAUUUAAUUUAAAAGGAAAUGUACCGUAACAAUUUGUUGCAAUAUUGAAAGAACAACAAUAUCAAAAACUACAGAGAAAAAAAAAAUUGGAAAGAACAACAACUGGAACAGCAGAAUAAACAAGAAGGAAAGGAAAUUUUUUUUUUUGUUAAAGUGUAAUUCUCGGAAAUAUCGGAAAAAGAAUUUUUUUUUUUUAUUUUAUUUUAACAUAUUAAUUUUAAAUGAAAUUAGAAGCAAACGAAUUUCGCAAACGAAACAUAUUUUAGAAUAAAUCAUAUUAAAGAAAAUCAUGUCACCAAAUCCUCCAUCAACACCAAUUGGUAGAGCACCAGCUACUCCAAACGGAACUUCACCCACAUCAAAUAUAACAAUUAAAAAUAUCAAAAUGACAACAAAUUCAACAGAUAUUAAUAAAUCAACAGUAUCAUCUCUUAAAGCAACACCAACUACAAAAACAACAACUAAUACGGUGCCUUCAAAUACAGGAACAACAACUACUCCAAUUACUAAUGGUCAAACUCCAAUAUCAAAACCUCCUCCUGUUGCUAAUAAAAAUUCUUUACCUAAAUUACCAGCAAAAAAAUUAAGUGCUUUAGAUAAAUUGCCAUUCGGUUUUGCACCAAUACAAAAUUUUACAGGUUUUAUAAGAUCACGUUCAACAACACCAACACGUUCCUUAAGAUCAAGAUCAACAACUCCAAUGAUCGAUGAAGCUGAAAUAAAAGCAUGUCAACGUAUGAGUUUUAAUAGAUUCGGAAAUCAAAAAUCAAUCGAUGAAAUUGAUAAUGAUGAUAUUAAAAAUGAUAUUGAAACAAAUAAUGAAAACGGUAAUAGUACUGUUGGCAAUAACAAAUCGGAAAUACCUAGAAGAAAGCAUUCAAUUGUAACGACAAUAGAAGAAACAGCUGAAAUAACAAAAUAUAAGGAUUUAAAUGGAUAUCAUGAAAGUCAAGCAAAACUGGCACAAUCAUCAAAAGGAAAAAUUCAAUCAAAUCAUUUAACAAACGGUGAUAUUACAACAAUGGCAACAGAAAAAGAGAAAUCACCACCAAAAAGUAAAUUAAAACUUGAUAAAUCAAGUAGAAUUGAAAAGAAAAAUAUAAAUAAUUUAAAGCUUAAACCACCGCUAUCAUCAGCAUCUUUAACAUCAAAGAAAACUCAAAAUAUUGAAGAAUGCGUAACAUCACCCGACGCAGAAUACAUUAAAACAAUUCCAUUAAUAUCCCAACCAGAAACCCCAUUACCAACACAAUCCCAAAACCAACCAUUAUCAACAAAUACAUCUAACAAUACAAGAAAUUCUAUUACAAAAUCAAAUGCUAACACUAAUGAUAACAUAAACUCAAAUAAAACAGAAAAAAUUAAUCAAAAACAUAUAGAUACACAAAAUUCAUUACAAGUCCAACCGAAUCCAACAUCAUCAUCGUCACAAUCAUUCACAUCAACUUUAGUAACUACUAAUGAUAGUAAUAAUAAUAAUAAUAAUAGUCAAAUAAAAAAUAAUAUACCAAAAAAUGAAGCACAUGUACAUGUUAAGAAAAAAUCAAAGAUUACAGCUAGUAUACAAAUAACAGAUACACCUGGUUUUAAACUUUCAAAACUACCCUCAACUUCAGAUAUUUUAGCAGCAGUUUCAAAUAAAUUAAAAAAUUCCUCGCUUUCUUGUGAUAAUGAUAAUAAUAAUAAUAAUAUUAAUAGUAAUAAUGUUAGUGAACCACCAACCCCUAUUGUAGAUAUUGUUGAAAUAACAAGUCCUAAUAAAAAAAAAUCAUCAAAUCCAUUAUCACCAUCUAUAUCAUCAGCAUCAUCAAAAAAUGUUUUAUCAAUGGUUGAUUCAAAAAUUAAUUAUGUAACCGAAAAUCAAAAAACUGUUACAACAAAUACAACAAUUGAUGACACAUUAAGUUCCUCAAAGCUUUCCAUAACUGAAGGCUUUCAAUUAUAUAAGUUAACCCCAACAUCUGAUAUUCUAGCAGCUGUUGAUUCGACUAUUGAAUCUUCAACUUGCGUUAAUAACAAAUAUAUGACUAAUGGUUUAAAUGAUAUUUGCAAUAUUUCUAAUAACAAUCCUACUGGCUUAAGUCGUGGUUUUAAACUAUCUAAAAAAUCAUCAUCUUCAAAUUUGCAUGCUUUACUCCAAAUGAAUUCUGUAGAUUCAAUAGAGGAUGAUGAUGAUCUUCCACAAACGAAACAGAAAAACACAUUAGAGACUGUUGUUGAGGACGAUGCAAUUAAUCAGAAUUGUAAUGGUACAGUAAAACCCGUUACAGAAUUGAAAACAGUUAAAAUAAAAAAUAUUACUAGUACAUCAAAUGAAGAAGCUGAAACUAUUGUUAAAAAGGAAUCCGGUAAAGUGAAAAAGAAGAAAAUUGUUAAAAAACUUUCCACAGAAUUAGCUGUACCUGAUAAUGAUCCAAAUGGUGAAUUGAAAAUUACAAAAUUAUCUACGUCUUCUGAUGUACAAGCGGAAGUUUCUAAAGAUCCCAACACAUUGACUAAUAUUACAACAGUUCCUAAAAAAAAGAUAAUUAAAGUAAAAAAAGUUAAAGCUGAUCCGGAUAAGGAAAUCACAUCAAAAACAACUGAGUUCGAUGCAAAGGACGACGUGAAAGAGACUAAGAAAACAAAAGAUUUGAAAGAAUUUAAAGGAGCUGCGAUAGAGAGCACAGAUACGAAAGAGACUAAAGAAUCAUUUAAAAACGAAGUCACUUCACAGUUGUCUCCAAUAUCGGAUGCAGAUUUUACUAAAACAUUAUUUAAAACAUCAGAAAUAGGUUCUUAUAAUGCUAGAUUCGAAAGAUCAAUUAGUUUAGAUAAAAAUGAUCUUAGAAGCUCUGUACCUCCGGAAUUCGGGACAUUACGAAAGUUACCGUCAUCUUCAGACAUACUAGCUGCUGUUGAAGAGAAGUUUGAAUCAAAUUAUUUAAAUAACAGAUCUUCAAGGUCUUCAUCUGUUGUUGGUGUGUCACCGAGUAUUAGAGCACAAUCUCAAUCGCCAGGACCAUUAGAAGGUUGUCUAUCUAGAUCAUCAUCAGCAGCAGAUAUUGUUCGAAGAGUAAGAGCACAAUCGGUUAUAAAUACAACUAAACCACCGUCAACUCCUGUUACUAUUCAACCACAAACAAUGCCAUUUGGAACAGCAAUGUCUUCAAUAUUGCCAACUGUUAAUCCCACAGCAGUGGGAUUAAACCCGUUAGCUAAAUUACCAUCGUCUUCGGAUAUAUUAGCGUCAGUUGAAUCCAAAUUUGAAUCAUCUUAUUUGAAUAACAGACCAACAAAUGUUUUAACAAAAACACCAAUUCCUAUAAAACCAACAGCCAAAAAAACAAAAACCAAAAAGAUUCGAGUAGAGCAGCCGCAAAUCGAAAUACCAAAUACACCUGCACCUGUUUUAAAUACAGAACUUUUGGCUAGAGCUACCGCGAUUAAUAAUAUGGCAAAAUUAUCAACAAACUCACUCAAUAAUAGACAUAGUAUUCAUGGAACAACUGCAUUUCAAUCUCCAGAUACAUCUUUAUCACUUUCUAUGGUACGUUCACCUAGUCCUCUUUCAACAACAAGUUGUAAUUUAUCUUCAAUAUCAAGUAAUACAUUUUCUGCACCACUUGGUAAACCACCACCGAAAUUAAAUUCACGAAAUAACAAUCGUUCCCCUAAUCGUCCAUUUUCACGUAGUAUAAGCCUGACAACAUCAGAUCGUUGUUCACGUUCUAUAACGCCAAGACGUAUUUUUCCUCAAACAUAUUCAAAAGAGAAUUCAUGUAAUCUUGAAGGUAUUAAUGAAUUGGAACAAUCACCAGUUGUAUUUGAUGCUAAUUUACAAUUCGUUAUGGGAUGUAAUAAACAACCACUUCAUCAAAGUUUUCAUGCAUUACCAUCACAUCAAAACUCUCGUACAUUAUCAAAUCGUUUGAGUGAAGAAAUUGCAAAUUUCUUAAAAAAAACUGAUCAUGUUACGGAAGAAUGGAAACAAAUAGGUAAACGUAAUAGUGUAUGUGGAACAGAAGAUACAAUUAGUUUAAUUGAACGACAAAGAGAGCAACGUAGUAUGGAACCAUUUGGAGAAUAUCGUUUAGGGAGAUCAAAAAGUGCACAAAAUAUAUUAAUGAAAGGUUUUCAAUUAACAAAUAAAUUACCAUCAACAUCAAGAGGUAGUUCAUUAAGCAGAUCAAUAUCAUUUUUAGAAGAAGAUGAUGAUGAAAGUGAUGCACAAACCCUUAAGGAUAUCGAUGAGGUGAAUAAAUCUAAAAUGCUAUCAGAGAUGACAGUUGAUUUAGCUGAAGAAAGAUCUGCAUCAAAUAUUGCUAGUGAACGUUUAGAAGCUGAAACAGCUGAACGUCUUAAAUUGGAAAAAGAAUUACAAGAAUCAUUAUCAAAAGUAAAAAAUUUACAAGAGCAAUCAGAGAAAUUAGAAAUGGAAUUAAUAUGUGCCAAAUCCGAUUUAAAUGGUAUUUCUGAAGAUGAAGAUGGUGAUGGUGAAGAUUCUGGUGGUGUAUACAAAUUAAAAUAUGAACGUGUUGCUAGAGAAUUAGAAUUUACAAAACGUAGAUUACAAACACAACAUGAACAUGAUUUAGAACAAUUGAUUGCAUUAAAAAAACAAUUAGAAAAGAAGUUGGCUGAUGCAUAUGAGGAAGUUGAAGAACAGCGACAAGUUGUUGGUCAAUGGAAACGUAAAGCACAAAAAAUGACAAAUGAAAUGAAUGAUCUUCGUAUGUUACUCGAAGAACAAAACGGUCGCAAUAAUUUAUUAGAGAAAAAACAGAGGAAAUUCGAUUCGGAAUGUCAAGCAUUACAGGAUGCUGCUAGACAAGAAAGGCAGGCAAAAGAUCGUCUUUCAAGAGAAAAGGACGUACUUAUUGCUGAAAAAUUCACACUUGAACAAAAUUUAGCGGAUACUCGCCUUGAGCUCGAACUUAAGGAAGAGAAAUUAAUCGCUUUACAACGAGAACUCGAAGAAAUGACAUUCAGUGGUGGAACUGAAGAAGAAGUUGCUCAAUUACGACGUUCUAAAAUGGAUUUAGAACGUCGUCUUAAAGAGCAAGAAGAAGAAUUAGAUGAAAUGGCCGGCCAAGUGCAAUUAUUAGAACAGGCAAAAUUAAGAUUAGAAAUGACAAUGGAAACAAUGAGAAAAGAAGCACGUCGUGAAGCUCAACAACGCGAUGAUGAAUUAGAAGAAGCUCGUGGCAGUGCUUAUAAGAAAAUUAAAGCUCUUGAAUGUCAACUUGAAACUGAACAUGAAGAAAGAACAUUAUUAUUACGUGAAAAACAUGAAUUAGAAAGACGUUUACAAUUUGCUGAAGAUCAAGAUCGACAUGAUCGUCAAGCUGAAGAAGCAAUGAAUCAAAAAUUAAAACGUGAACUUAAAAAAUAUAAAGCUUUAUUAAAAGAUGCUCAUGCUCAAUUAGAAAGACUUAAAGCUGAUUCACCUGGUAAAGCAAUAAUACGACAAUUACGUAAUCAAUUGGAAGAUGCAGAAGCAGCCCGAACAUUAGCUGUUAAAGCAAGACAUACUGCUGAAUCUGAAUUACAAGAUAUUCAAACAUUAUUAGAUGAAGCACAACGUGCAAAACAGGAUGCCGAAGAUAAAGCUACAAUUGCAAAUCGUGAUCGUACAGAAUUGCAAGCACAAAUUGAAGAAAAUGAAGAAGAAAUGGCUGAAUUAAUGAAAAAAUAUAGUGCUGCAGUUAAACAAUUAAAUAAUGAACAAACAGCAAUGUCAGAAUAUGAAAUAAAAAUAUCUGAAUUAGAAGGAGAAAGAAAUACUUUAAAAGAACAGGUGGCUGAAUUAACAACUCGUUUAGAAAAUGUUGAAAAUAUGAGUGACCCAACAGCGGCAGUGCAAUCAAAGCGACUGGAAUUAAGAACCAAAGAAUUAGAAUCACGUUUAGAAUUAGAACAGGCAACAAAAGCUCGUUUAGAAAUUCAAGCAAAUCGCCAUAAAGAUGCAUUAGAAAAAAUUCAAAAUGAUUUAUCACAGUCAAGAAUGAGAGAAAUGGCUGCGCAAGAUAAUGUCAAAAAAGCUCAAAAAUCACUUAGAGAAUUACGUGAAGAAUUCCAUACGAUAUCAAAUCGCGAACAGGAUAGUGCCAGUAAACGUAAAGACUUAGAGAAAAAAAUUGAAACAUUAGAAGCUGAAUGUUUAUCAUUAAGAAAUGAUUUACGUUUGGCAUUGCAAAGGAUAGCCGAUUUACAACAAGCAAUGGAAGAAGGAGAUGAUGAUGUCACAGAAAGCGAAAGCGACUCUUCUGAUGUAUCUGUUAGCGAUUUAGAUGAUAAAAUUAAAGUUAACCAUAGUAAAAAAUCUUCAAUUGUAAAUGGUGUUAAUGAAACAAAAGUAGUAUUAAAAGAAAAAAGUGACAGUAAUAGUCCCAAAAUUACGGUUACAUCACCAUCAACAGCAACGGUUAACAAAGCAUUAAAUGGAGAUUCAUCUUUUGCAUAAUUUCCGAUGUGAAUCAGAACAAAAUCAAGACUUUAUAAGUUUUGAAAAUAUUAAAAUAAAAAAAAAAAUUAAUAAUUAUUGAAUUUAAAUUCUAUAUGAGCCAAGAAGUUUAAUGUAAUAAUAUACUUUUUUUUUUUUUACUUAAAUGAACAAUAAAAUACAAAUAAAAUUUAAAAAAACAAAAAAAAAAAAA